CAAAGGAUCCGGCACAACCAUACAGCUGCCAGAUCUAACCACAAAGGGAUCCAUCUUCUUGCUACAAGCAGAGUUGUUGCCCCGUUAGUCAGUAAAGUAUAGCAGGCAAACACCCUCACUUUUGUUCGAGAUGUCAACAUUGUCGCCAUUGGUGCCGUUUUUGGGAUCUAUUCUGGUCUCGGUGAUUUUACUCAAGCAGGAACAGAGUGAGAAACCAGAACAACAGAAAAAGAGGACCAUGACAAGGAACGCCGUGUCCAUGACAAAGGAGGCUGUAAUGAAGCUGCGUAGAAAAUACUUUUCCAAAUCUGUGAGCAUUUCGUAUGCCAAUUCUGGUCCUCUGAUGAUUGUACAAGGAAGAGGUUCUCAUUUGAUUGAUGAAAAUGGAGUGGCGUACUUGGAUACAAGAAACAAUGUGGCCCAUUGUGGUCACAGUCACCCGAGGGUUGUCAAAGCUGUGCAGGACCAAGUCGCUCAGUUGAACACCAACACUCGAUACCUUCAUCCCAAUGUGGCAACUCUUGGACAACGUCUAAGCAAUCUGUUUCCGGAUCCGUUGGAGAUUGUCUUUUUUGUCAAUUCUGGGUCCGAAGCCAACGAUCUGGCACUCCGAUUAGCUCGGGCAUGUACAGGAUCCAAAAACACAAUUGUCGUCGAUGGAAGCUAUCACGGCCACACCAUGACAGUCUUGGAGGUCUCUCCUUACAAAUAUGAACAGGGUGGAGAGUUCGAUCUCCAACCACCAAAAAUGGGCCUCAAAUUUCAAUCGCCUGGUAGACACAUUUGGAAAGUACCGGCUCCUGAUAUCUACCGAGGUCCUCAUCGAGAUAUCCGGACUGCCGGCAGGGAAUACGCCAAGACGGUGGAGGAAGCUUGUCAUUUCUACCAGAAAGAAUGUGGCGAGAAAGUAGGGGCGUUCCUCUUGGAGGGAGGCAUGAGUACCCCCGGCGCCAUCCUAUCACCACCAGGCUAUCUGGCCCAUAGUGUCAAGGCUGUUCGAGACGCCGGAGGUGUUUUCAUCGCUGACGAAGUCCAAUCUGGUUUUGGAAGAUUUGGCACUUCGUUUUGGGCCUUUCAGCACCAACAUCCUGGGCACGAGGAAGAGGUCGUGGUGCCGGAUAUAGUGACCAUGGGGAAACCAUUUGGAAACGGCAUGCCCUUGGCUGCGGUUGUAACAACUCGAGCUGUCGCUGAGGCGUUUGAAACCAAUGCUCAUAUCGAAUACUUCAAUACAUUUGGCGGUAAUCCAGUUUGUGCAGCGGCAGGUCUGGCUGUCUUGGAUACAAUUGAAGCGGAAAAGUUACAGCAGAAAGCUGUACAGGUUGGUGGCUAUCUACAAGACAAGUUCAUGGCACUACAACAACAUUUGGAGAUUAUUGGAGAUGUCCGCGGGUCUGGAUUUUUCAUUGGUGUAGAACUAGUGCGUGACCGUACAACAUUGGAAGCUGCUACUGAGGAGACAUCUUACAUUUGUUCAGUUCUCAAGGAAAAGUACAAGAUAUUGACCAGCAUUGAUGGAAUCUUUGAGAACGUGCUGAUGAUCAAGCCACCCAUGGUCUUCAGCAAGGCAGACGCUGAUUACUUUGUAGAGAGUUUUGAAGGGGCCGUGGGCGAUAUGAAGGCUGCCGGAGACGUUCGCUCCAUGGAAAAGACCCCAACCUAGGUAGCUAUAGCUAGUAGUUGGUACUGGUAGAGCGAAUAGAAGAAGAGCCUUCCUUGUGGAUCUACUGGCUAGAUAGGUAUCAGUGUUCAGUUCAGUUCACUUCACUUCACUUCAGACGUAGAAGUAUCUCGUGUCCAUCAAUGGCAAACUUAGGGCCUGAAAAUCAAUCUAUGAUUCCAUGAAGCUUCAAUCUUCUUUACUACGUUGUCUGACAUCCAAGUCACACACCCAUCUGAGGGUAAGUUUGAGGAUGUUCCUUCCUCCUCCCUUCCUGCUCCUAGAGUCUAGUACAGACUGUGGCUAUCUAGCUAAAGUAGGGGUAACCAGGCUAUCCGUGGAGGGUUUCUUGCCGUUCGAACGGUACCACAGCACGCACGCUGAAUGGCCGCAUGCUGUGGGCACUCUUGAAGAUAUCAAGAGAAGGUGGUGACUCCGUGAGAGGGCAUUUAAGCAUGCGUGGGAGGCAGCAGAAAAAGAAACAGCAAAACAUGAAAGCAGAAAGCUGGUGAUGUCAGAGUUGAAAUUGAACAUGGCGUUAACUCUUUGGGAUUCUUAGGACACCACGUCAUACAACACUUUCCAGGGCCAUAGAGAAAAAACCACGCAAGUGAACAACGCUGCAACCAAUCGGCUUGUUGCCUCCUUCCUCCCUCGAUGACAUCGACUUGG